GAGGGUGGAGAAGGGGAGAGGGGAUUAAGGAAGAGAAGGGGGAGAGAAAGGAGAGAGAAGGUGAGAGGGGUUUUCUCUGGAAAGCGAAGGAAAGAGAGGGGAGGAAGAAGAGCGCGUGACGGCGAACGACGGAGAGAGAAAGACAGUUUAGGGUUUCUUCGAAGCUUGGGUCAGGUGGGCUUGCAAGCAAUUCCUGUUGUCAGAAGAGAGAUGGUAUGUGAAGGUACAUGUGCAUAGGUGGGGAUUUGAAAGUAUGGUAGUGAUACAUAAGAUGAAUAAGAAGAAAUACUAUGAGAAGUAACCUUGGAAAAUAAAGGGAAUAGUAACUGUUGGCAUUGUACGAGCAAAAUCUCUGGCCAUCACACCAUGGCAGUCACAUCUUCGAAAGCAUAGACUCACAUCAUGGGUGCAGCUUUAUGGAUGACUUUGAUUUGGGUCAGAUAUGAUAAGAUGCAUACCUGAACCUACUCGGCUUAAUGGGUUCAGGAAAAAAGGCCACAUCUUCUUGGUCCCAAGUUUCUACCAUUGUUUUCUUCUCAACUGUUCUGAGGUCCAACAAUUUAAUAUCAACAUGUUGCAUGGAUGGCAUAAUUGAAGUUUAUAAAUGUAUUGAGACAAUAUGACACUUGAAGAUUUCUUUACUCUUAAUGAGAUGAAAAAUGGGGUUUCAACUCUUCCAAGAGUUGAAGAACUGAUUUCUGCGAUGGAAAGGCAGAAAGAUUGUGUUGUGAAGAAUGCAGGCGAUACCACAAGACAGUGGUCAACUGUUGCACACACCUUGGCAGCCACAGAAAAUAAGGACUGUCUUAGACGUUUUGUUGAGUUGAAUGGGCUCUUCUUUCUCAAUCAGUGGUUUCAAGAAGCUUUGAAGUGUGGGAACGAUGGUAGUAGUAGUACCAUGGAAGAAGUAAUACAUUCACUACUGGGAUCCCUUGAGAGGCUUCCAGUUGACAAGAAAAACUUAACUGCUUAUGGAAUUUGGGCAACUGCUGAACAACUGCUGGCUCAGAGAAAUCCUAGUAUAAAGGAGAGGGUGAGGAAUUUGCUUGAUAAGUGGAAUAGUGGAAUGGUUAAUGAUGUUGGCCAAGAUAUGGAGAAUGGUGGCACAUGCCAAGAUAACCAGCACAAGCCUUCAGCUGAUGCAAACACAAUUGAAGAUGGACACUUACUGCAUCCACUUGAUAUUUCUUCAUGCAAUUUAGGGCAUGAGGAGAGGAAUUGCAGGGUAGAUUCUGCUGGGGCUGAGUCUCACCUCUCAAAUUUUACAAAAAUCUCUGACAGUCCCCAGUUGGAUAUAACCAACGAUGUAAAAAUUUCCACACCAAAUCUGACAAUGCCAACCGAAUCUCAGAAUUCAGCAAAUGCAAAUGAAGCAGAGAUUAGUUCACCACACUCCUGCCAUGUGUCUAAUUCUUGUCAGGACAACUUUUCUGUUACAAAAGAGUCUGUCCCAGCAGUGGGAAUGGCUUCUGCUGACUUAUGCAGUUCUUCUGUGGUCUGGGGAAAGGCUGCUGAUAAACAGUCUGAAGUUUCAAAACUAAAAGAUGUUGAUAGUGUGAAAGAGAUGGAGGUGGAUGUUGUGGUGAAUAUGACAGAAGUUGACCAGCGUAAAUCUAGUCAAAAAGAAAAUUGCAAUGCACCGACAUCUUCUGGUGUAUCUGCGCCUUUAUCUGCACAGAAGAUGGAGUCCACCAUAUCGUGCAAUUUUUAUCCCAGGGAGAGCAAGUGUUGUGUAUCAAAGGCUUCAGAGCCUCAGCCAACCAAUAAGGGCACUGAUUGCAGGUUGCCAAAGUAUUUUAGUACCACAAAGGAGCUCAAUUCUGUUGCUUAUGUUGCUAUGGGUUCUCAAGAUUUGCCCAGCAGUAUGUGUGAACUAAGUAAAAUAGAUGGUUCUGAGAAUUCUUUCCAAAGGAAAGAAGCUGUGGAAAGUGAUAGCGGCAUUAAUGAGCAUUGCAAUGAAGCAAAAUUGAAGGUGAGUGAGGGAGUGAAUCUUGUGAUCCCCAGUAGUUCUUCUAAAAAGGUAAGCAUGAAGGUAACUGGUGAGAUGGACAGGAGGUCAGAAAUGGAAUUUGAAUGUGGGGAGAUUGAUGCCUUGGAAGUUGCACGGCAAGUUGCUCUGGAAGUGGAGCGCGAAGUUGUUGACUACAGGGAACCAUUCUGUAGCUCUUCUCCUGAGAUAGAUUCAGGGGAGAGAGUGGAAACCUGUAGCCCUGAGUUGGUAGAAGGCAAGCAGGAUCGGCCAACAAUUGAAGAACUAAACCAGAAUGAGUCACCAACUGGGAAGGAUCUUUCUGAUAGUUCCUCUUCUCUGAAGGAUGAUAAUUCAGAAAUUCUAGCACAAAGUGGCAUUGAUACUGAGAGAAAUGAGCAAGAUAUCAAACCUGAGCUGACCACAGUUGCUCAAGAAGUAGACUUUAAGAUUGGCAAGAACGUAUGGGACUUCGAUCUGAAUGAAGAUGUCUGCACUGAGGAUGAUCACCCAAUAAACUCCACUCUUAACAGUCAAGUCAACCUGUCUGCACCUAAAGCUGUUGUUGCUGCUUCAAAAGGAGCUCCAGAAUUGCCAGUUAGCCCAUCUUGCUUUGAAGGUGAAUUGGGUUGGAGGGGUUCUGCUGCCACGAGUGCUUUUCGCCCAGCAUAUCCUCGAAGAACUCCAGACGCUGAGAUGAAUUUAGGUCCAAAAAACAGAACAAGCCUCUCUGAGAUAGACCUGAAUGUGGCUGAGAGUGAGGAUAAUGUGGCAGUUGAUCUAGCAUCUGUAAAAGAAGUACCUCAUCUAUCUGGCUUUCCUUCUGGGGAAUCUUCUAUGGAGAUUAGUUCAAGAAGGGUAGAGAGGCUCAAGCUGGAUCUUAAUCGUCUGGGAGAUGAGGAUAUGUCACCACAUCCAUCAUCGUUUUGGAACCUUCAUCACCAGAAUGGAGAUCAAAGCCUGUCUGCUGCUUCAUCCUCGAGGCAGCUUUCCAUGAAAGAUUUUGACUUAAAUGACAACCCAUCUUUAUUCGAUAUUGGUGGCUCUCAUAACCCGAAUAAGCCUUCUUUCAAAGCCUCGGGCAUGUCUGGAAGCGUCGAGCUUGAUGAUCCUGUUGUUACAAUUAUGGGAUCAAGGAUGGCUGCGGAAAAGAAGGAUUAUGGGAACCAAACUCAGCAGUCAUACUUGGGGAAUGUACUGAGUUUAGAGCCUGCUGUCUCUGCCCGACAAAUGCUGCCUUACGCUCACAUGCCACCGCCAGCUUAUCGGUAUACUGGGCUUGGCACCGGUCCUGCCUUGCCUUACCCUCCAGCACUAUACGGACCUAACAGCGUCCCGUACAUGGUAGAUUCAAGAGGGGCUCCUGUUGUACCACAAAUAAUUGGUUCGGCAGGACUGAGCGGUGCACCUUCUGCCACGCCCCCAUUUCUUACGAGCGUGCAUGGCACACCCAGGAGUUCCAAGGGAACUGGUUCUUCCCAAUCCGGUGUGGAUUUGAAUUCGGCCAUGACGCUUAUGGACAGCGGGAACAGGGAACCGGGGGGGUUUAGGCAGUUGGUUGUGCAAGGGCACGAUGGUUUAACGGAAGAGCAGACUAGGUCUGCCGCACAGCUUGCAAGCUCAGGGAUGACCCUGAAACGCAAGGAGCCAGACUGUGGGAGGGAUCCUUGUACUUUGGGUUACAAACAGGUGACGUCGUGGCGAUAGCCUAAUCUCUGAGGCCAGCGGAGUUGUUUUGCUUAGUUCCCUUGGUGCUGGAGGUGCCAUGGUGAUCAGAAGAAUUGCUAUGUACUUGAUUGGCCCCUUGAAGAUAAGUUGACCGAUUCACCGGGUGGGAAUGGCUUCAGGAAAAGUAAAAUUGAAUAAUGCUGGUCAUAGGUGAUGAAAUUUGAUUGCUGGAGGAAAAAGGUAUUAUUGUUUCAUAUUGGUUUUAUCCUUUGUUUUCUGUCAUGUAGGCAACUGCUCCUGGGAUCGUGUCUCUCUACGCUCCUCGGUUAAUUUAACAAAGUCAGGGAGGUAAAAGCCUUCAUGAUGUUCAUACCCAAAGGAGAGAGAGAGAAAAAAAAAAGGGCCUUAAUGAUGUAGUUUGUGUGUUAUGCGAUCAUCGUGAUUGUGUGGCUCUCGCACGACUAUCACACGUCAUGUACUGUGUGCGGCCAACGUAAUAUCGACAGAUAGUCGUAGCUGCAAAAAUGAACUUCUUUGAU